UAGUGCAGAACGCUCAGGAAGAAAUUUCAGAACAAUCGCUGUCUGUACUCUGGCGCCCUCCUCCCCUUCAGGCCGCCUAGCGACAACUACUCUUCUCUGUCGGGUGGCCACUGAGUGACUGCAGCUGGAGAGACAAUAACUGUCUGCCACACAGCCUGAACUCGUUUCACCAUGGAUCAGCAUCAGGACUUCAACUCGAGCCUGGACGGCCACGCCGCCGUGCAAUUCAACUCCGGGGAGACCAUGGCCUCGGCUGCCCUGGCCAACAUGACACUGAAAGAACCCCAGAACCAGCAGGAGGUCAAGAAGCCUAACGGGAUGCCAGACGCACACAUGGGACCUGGGGGCAUGGAAGAAGAUUUGCUGGAGCUGUCAUCGGAACUGAAAUCACAGCCUCCAGCACCAGUGUCAGAGGUCUCUGUGUCUAAGAGCGCCCUCUCGGCUACCAGAGGGAUGACCGCUACAGGUCAAGAGGAGCUCACUGCAUCGCUCAGCCCCACGCCAGGAGGUGUCAGUCCUGCCACAGAGAGCGGUCGCAGUAGCAGGUCCGGCUUUGACGACGGCGGGAGCGAAGACGGGGAGCGGGCUGGGUCGGUAAGCCCCCAGGUGUCUCCUUCGGCCCCUGAAGCCCCAAUCGAGAGGGACACUCCAAGGCUCUUCUCCCCAGACUCGCUGGGGUCUGAGAUGAAGAGGAGCUCCUCAGACAAGGUCUCUGUGGGCCACAGCCUGAGCGACUCUGGGUCUGAGGACGAGGAUGAGGAGGACGAAUGUGAGAGCAAGGAGGCUCCUACCUCGGCCUAUGAAGACAGGAUCAGUCCUGGGAAGCCUCAGAGCCCUCUCUUCGUGGAAAAGGAGGGGACGAAAGAGCAGGUGGAUGAAGAAAAAGAGGAGGAUAGCGACGAGGAUGAAGAGGAGGAGAGAACAGAGGUGUCAACGAUCCGCAGGAGGCCACGGCGUGAGGUCAGCUCAGAAGAGGAAGAGCAGCAGAAAGAUGAAGGUUGCGCCCCUGUCAUUCCCGUUGCCAUGACCCCGGAGGAAGCCAAGCAGCGCGUCCUAUCCUUUGACUACACGGAGCCUGAGGGACACCCCCCUGGUCAGGGCAUCCCUGCAGGGUUGCAGAACGGAGCAGACAAGACCCCCCCAGAGAGCAAGAGCCCUGACUCCAACAGGGCCGACCAUGGAUCUCCCUUCUCCCCUAGCACCGCAGCCAACCGGACCAAGGACCAGUCUCCUCUCAUCGAGCACCAGCCAGACGCCCGCGAUGCGGUGGAGCAGGAGACUGAGGAGAAGGUGCAGGAGGAAGAAGAGGUGCAGGAGAAGGUAGCUAGUCCCCUGCCCAUGAUUGCUGUGCCCCAGAUGGAGGUUGAGCCUGUCCAGAAGGAUGAUGUGAAGACCUCAAAGGACACUCAAGGCCAAUACCUGCAGUCGGCAAACGAGGACGUCAUCGCAGCGGUGACGGCAGCUCAGUCGGUGACCAAAGCCAAACCUGCAGAAGUCAAACCUGCAGAAACUAAGCCUGGCAAGCCUGCUAGUGGCCCCAAAGGUGAUGCCAAAGGAGGUGCUCCUACAGCAGCCAAAGGCCCGGUCAGGAAAGUGCCCGCUAACGCUGUUGCCCCUCCCCCCAAGACCACCGCCGCUAAAACUCUGAAAGCACCCCCAAAAGAUGCCGCCCCACCUGGCAGAAAAGCAAAUGCUCCAGGUGCCCAGCUGAAAGCCAAGGCCGGUGCCGGGGCUGGGAAAGAAGCAGCUGAGAAAAAGACACCCAACGCCACCACACCUGUCAAAGUAUCCACCCCCAAACGACCCUCCUCGGUCCAAACCACCCCCAACAAAAAGCCUUGGUCCUCUUCCUCUGCCCCAGCCUGCAACACUAGCAGGCCCAGCUCAAUAUUUAAACCCAGUCCAGGCAGUGCAAGAGCCAGAGAACCCAGGCCAAGGGCUGGAGAUGGGAAGACCGCCAGCACCAGGACACCAGGUGCCAAACCCCAGGGUGCUGGGACCAGGAUGCAGACCAAGACCACUGCUGGAGUUGAUUCCCCCAAGACGCCCCAAGACCGUAGUGGCUACAGCAGCCCCAGCACACCCAAGUCCCCCGCCAGCCGGGAGGUGAAGAAGGUGGCGGUGGUGCGGACCCCUCCUAAAUCCCCUGGGUCCAUGAGGGGGCGCAGUCCGGUGCCCCUGGCCGCCCCCAUGCCCGACCUGAAGAACGUCCGGUCAAAGAUUGGCUCCACGGAGAACAUCAAGCACUCGCCUGGUGGAGGACGGGUGCAAAUAGUUGAGAAGAAGAUGGAUUUAAGUAACGUUCAGUCAAAGUGUGGCUCCAAAGCCAAUCUCAAGUAUACCCCAGGAGGUGGUAAUGUGCAAAUUUUACAUAAGAAGAUCGACUUGUCUAGUGUUCAGUCUAGGUGUGGCUCCAAAGACAAUCUCAAGCAUGUCCCCCGAGGUGGUAACGUUCAAAUUACUCACAAAAAGAUUGACCUCAGCAACGUACAGUCAAAGUGUGGAUCGAAGGCCAACAUUCACCACAAACCAGGUGGAGGCAAUGUGGAGAUCAAAUCGGAGAAGUUGGACUUCAAGGUUCAGUCUAAGAUUGGGUCCAUGGACAACGUUGGUCAUGUGGCUGGAGGUGGCGGGAGGAAGAGAGAGAAGGGGAAGGAAGCCAAGGGGGUUUCUGGAGAAGGAGACACCUCCCUAAAUAGGGAAGCUCCUAUCCCCAGCCCUACUGGCCCCUCCACUGAUCCCCCUCAGUCGCCCCGUUCUGAACACAGCCCAAUCGAGGGGGCGUCCUGGUAAAGCUAGAAGUCUCCAAUUGAAAGCCACAAACUGAGUUUCCGUGAGACGGCGAAAGCCCGCACCGACCACGGAGCGGAGAUUGUCCCCGUGGAGAUCAUCGCAGGCGGCUCACCCGCCCGUCUUCUCAGCAACGUGUCGUCCCCUGGCAGCCAGAACAUGACAGAGACGCCGCCGCUAUCCAUGCUUGCCGACCAGGUCUCCGCCUCCCUCGCCAAGCAAGGCCUGUGAUUCGACCACGUCCCUCCCUGAAAAAAGCAUUGUAGGUUACCAAGGGAACCAACCACGUGAUAAAAAAAGAGAAACGAAGAGAAAAAGAAGCACCUCACUCACUCUCCCUUCCUCCUUGAAAUUCAAAGUCGCUCGCAGGAUUUUCCGACCGGGGAUAUCAGUCAGGGCAAAGUGGUCCGUUAAUGGACAGCCGUUUAUGGUCUUGAUAGUUAGAUAGACACAGGUAAUGAAAACAUAUACGUGAAAGAAACGCAGCAUUAUUCUAUACCCAUAAAAACACAGACAGGCCUUGUUAUAAAGACAUUUACCAUACUUUCCAUUUACAGUGCAAUUAAUUUGGCUGCUCAAUUUGAACGCAACUGCUCCGCAUGAAAAUAUUGCACAUUUCUUUGCUUAUUGCCAUGCAGUGGAUGUUUGAAUUUUCCCAUUUUAAGCCUUAAAAUGUGAAGUAGCCAAAGCCUCAAAUCUUUUCUCCACUAGAAAAGAUCAGCUAAAUUAAAGUGACACUGUACUAUACCAUUCAAAUGAUACUAAGUGCCAAAUAGACUGUUGCCCUUUCGUGCUUAAAAAACUCCGAUAUUCCCCAGUUGAGAAAUCCGCAAAGAUUUAUUUACGGUAUAAUGAAAUUCGAACGUUGUCGUAAACAGUUGCUGUGAUGUAAUUAAUAGCGUGUAAGUAAGGCAAAUUGACUCUGCCUUUGAGAUGAUUAAAAUAGACAUUGUUUGUGAAAUUAUCAAAUAAAACAUUUUCAUGAGAAGGACAAUUACAAGUCUAUUAACCAGAAUAUUUAACUUAAGAGUUAAAGCCCAUGGCCUGUUCAAAACAUUUCAAGGAGGAUCCCAUUGCUGAGCAAUUAAAAUCAAUUAAGUAAACAAUUAAUUAUGGAGUAAUGGAGCCACAUUGUGCAUAUGUCAAUCAAUUGGAUAAGAUUGCUCAUUUGAAGUUGAGAGGGGUUUUUGUGUGUAUGGUAUAGUCUACCUGCAGAUAUUCUGGUGGUAUAUCACCAAUCCUCACCAAGUUUCUUCUCAGCAGUGAGUCUGGAUCUGAGUACCUCCCCGUUGAUUUCUAGAACGGAUAUCCAUUCUAGGCCAUCUGAUUGGUCCAGAGCCAGAACACACGUGGGUAUAGGGGCGUUAUGAAAUUUCAUCAUUGGCUUUGAUACUCGAUUGGUUAGAGAUUAUCCAAUCGCUGAUUACUUUGUUUUGUACAACACCCCUUAUUUUGAAGUCAACAACAAACGACUUGAAUGAUGGCUGUCUCAGACUGCAGUAUGUAGGAAUGAUUGCGCAGCGGAAUAAUUCAGUUUGAGUGGUCAGGCAAUAGAAAUGCCACUGCAUACCCAACACACAUGCCUAGAAAAGUCUCAAUUUUACCCGCAUGAAAUUCAAAGCCUGAUAUAGGAUGUGCUCCAAAUCUCUACCCUACUCCCGAAGUGUGCACUUGCACACUUUCUUUGUCAAUGAUGAUCAAAUGUCCACCCCCUACCUACCCACAGCGCACUACUUACGACGCGAAUUUUAACUAAAGUAAAUAUUUCUUCGCAACGAUAGAGCACUCUUUUUUUUACGCUGUAGAUCUAACCUUAUGUUGCGCACUUUCUUUCCUACUUAGUAGCCCUAUUCUGUGGAUGUAAGACAUAUUCAACUGCUAUUUACGAAUGCUUGUAGAUGUACCUGCUGACACCCUGCUAUUAUUUUUUUAUACUCCCGACCCUCACGAUGCAUUCUUGUUUUUGAAGGUAGUUUUUACACACUGAAGUUCUCAAGUUGACCACCACUACAUGUGUGUGAAUGAUAAUUGUCUGGCUUUCCUCCUCAUUCCUCAUGGUCAACAUGAACAUUAUGUAAUGUGCUGAAAAUAUAUGAAAAGGGGGUUAAGCGGAUAUUAAUUGUUACGAUUGAAGAAAUCUAUUCAAGGUAAGACAUGUAAGCAUAUUAACUACCGAAAGCCCCCAAAAUACUCAAAUCAAAUGCUAUGUCACAUGCUUCAUAAACAGGUGUAGACUAACAGUGAAAUGCUUACUUAUGAGCCCUUCCCAACCAGGCAGAGAAAAAUUAAGAAUAAAAACACAAUGAUUAACGGUACCAGUACAGAGUCGACGUGCAGGGGUACAUAUAGGUAGGCAUCCUAAGACUGAUAUUCACGUUAGACCGUUUGAGAAAAGGUACCAUAAAACAACCCUAUGCAACUUGGGGUGGUGAAUGAUGUCCCGCAAAAGUGUACGGCUGUUUUUUCCAAAUUAGUAUUUUAUUUCGAAGCUGAAAAUUGAAAUGUCAUGUCACUCUUCUAGUUUUUCCCAUGUAACCACAUACAGUAAAUUCAUCUGAGGGAGUGGUUUACUAUUCCCGAAAGGACAGCAUAACCGCAUUGUAUUCAUUAAACCUUUUCUUAACUGACAUUUUAAGCAAACUGUUAAUUGUAUUGUAAUUAAAUCUGUUGCGACAAGAGGGGAAGAAAGUUGGUGCAAAUGAUGUUUAGGACUUAAUGUCAUUAAUUUAAGGGAAGGAAAAGGGUAAUUUGGGGCUUUUCAGUGUGGUAAAUAUCUUUUCCCUUUUGCCUCAAAGGGAACAAUGAUACAAGUUAACUAGCUUCUCCAGCCAACCCAUGUCCCGUUUUGUUUAUCCUUCUCUGCAGAGUUUUUAUUUUGACAGUCGUGAUUGUCCUUGUGAUGUGCAUUUUAUUAAUAUUUGGUUUACACUGAUACUUGUUGCUGUAAACGUGGAUUAGGAAAUAAAGUCAGUAUUGGAACAGCAA